UGGCUGCUCAUCAAAUUCGCGCCGAUGUUGACCGGGGCUAAUAACCGUACUUCUUUCUGGCGUCAGCUUCCCUUUGUCAUCGUCUUGCCAAAGGCUUUUUGUUUACGAGUGUUGUAAAACUUCUUACCUUCAAGGUUCUUUCCCAAAUUUCUCGAACGCUUACGCGGUUCACACAUACAUUGUAACAAUUGUACACGCACUCCAAUCCGUCGGUAAUCGCUACGAUGGUAUUUACCCCGCCGGCUUGGGUACCUCAGUUACCCUUCGACCCUCCCGACUCAAUCCCUCUCCACGAAUUUUGGAGCAGUGAGAGAUAUGGCAGGCAACCGCUCGCUAGAUCACGAAACCCCUACACUUGCGGCGUCACGGGGAAAACCUAUACGGCUACUGAGAUGACUGAGCGAUACCAGCUAUUAGCGAGGUCAUUGGCCAAACGUUUGGGUUGGAGGGCUAACGAGGAGACGCCGUGGGACAAGGUUGUCGGAUUAUUUUCCUUUAACUCGAUCGACUUCAUGAUGUCGACAUUCGCAGUACACCGUCUAUCUGGCAUCGUAACACCUGCCAAUGCUAUGUACUCUGCCACCGAGUUAGAACAUCAACUUAAGUCAUCUGGUGCCAAAGCACUCUUCACGUGCAUCCCGCUCCUUGAAACGGCCCUAAAAGCAUCAAGAGCCUGUAGCAUCCCAGAUGAUAAAGUGUUUAUAUUGCAGUUGCCCGGUCAAUUCGAUCCAGUCCCCUUUAAGUCACUGGACGAUCUAAUUGAGGAGGGAAAGUCGCUUCCGGAACUGGAGCCUCUAAUUUGGUCUAAGGGGCAAGGUGCUCGACAGGUUGCUUACCUAUGUUACUCAAGUGGUACAUCUGGUCUUCCUAAAGCAGUCAUGAUUGCACAUAGAAACGUGAUUGCCAACGUGAUGCAGAUCCGAUGGCACGACGACAAAGGAAGGAAAAUGAAAGGCGUUGAAACCCAAGUUCAGCUUGGCCUCCUCCCGUUCAGCCAUAUCUACGGACUAGUAGUAAUAGCGCAAGCCGGAACUUACCGAGGAGACGAAACAAUCAUCCUGCCGAAAUUUGAACUUACAGCCCUAUUAGAAACUAUCCAGAGGUUUAAAAUUCAGUUCAUACAUAUUGUCCCUCCUAUCGUCAUCCAGAUGAUCCGGAACCCACAAUUAUGCUCCAAGUACGACCUUAGCAGUCUUCGGUUUGUCUACACAGGGGCUGCGCCGCUCGGUGCAGAAACGCAUGAAGAAAUGGUUAAAGCGUUUCCGUUCUUGCAGGUCGGCCAAGGAUAUGGGAUGACUGAGACGAGCACUGUCGUUGCAAGCACUGGCGAAAACGACGUACUGGUGGGAACGUCAGGUUCUCUCGCACCUGCAUGUCGGGCUAAGUUGAUAGGUGAAGACGGCCAAGAGAUUACGGAGUACGACAAGCGCGGAGAACUUUGGGUCCAGUCGCCCGCUGUAACUCUUGGCUAUUUGAACAAUGAAAGAGCUACCUCCGAGGCCUAUGUGUGGGAUCAAGAUGGUCGUUGGAUGCGGACUGGAGAUAUUGCAAUUGUCACGAAAUCACCGUCCGGAUACGAGCAUAUAUCCGUUGUAGACCGAUUGAAGGAGUUGAUCAAAGUCAAGGGCCACCAAGUUGCUCCAGCUGAGCUAGAAGCUCACCUCCUGAGCCACCCAGACGUCAAUGACUGCACAGUCAUCCCCGUUCCGGACGAAGGAUCCGGAGAGGUACCCAAGGCAUUUGUUGUUAAGUCGGCUAUGGCAACAUCGAAACCAGAUGCAGAAGUCUCUAGAGAAAUCAACAGAUGGGUCGAAGAUCAUAAGGCCAGGUACAAGUGGUUGAAGGGUGGAAUUGAAUUCAUCGACGUGAUACCGAAGAGCCCGAGUGGAAAGAUUUUGAGAAGACUCUUAAAAGAUAAGGAGAGAGAGAAAAGGAGAGCAAAUGGGGCAAAGUUGUGAGACUUAUUGUGCAAUACCAUUGUUCAGCAGGUACAUUAGACCAGUGCCCAUACCGGGCUGCAUAUUUGAGACUCAAUUUUGAAGGAUUUUUGAAA